UAAUUUGAAUCUACAGAGCGACCGCUGAUCUUGCGUUUGGCUGAUUUUGGUUUUUGUGAAGCCCUGUACGAUAAACGACCAUGAUAUAGAACCACACUCUCUCGGGUAUUAAAGAAAUGCCUUUUCAAAGCAACAGCACUGCCUAUACCCAUUUGCACAACAGAAGUCGAUUGAUAUGUACUUGUUGCAUAUCAAAAUCACAAGUGAGAGGAUACGUUGCUUUCGAUCGAAUUCUAUUUGGAAACGUAUUCACAGAACCGGGGGUUUUCAAGGCUCCCACACUUGAAGGAGGCUCCCAUACACCUGGAUUCGUGAUUGAUGGGAACUUCUCUAACUGGUUCGCAUAUAAAUAUAAGCCGUCGCCUCUGUGGCUGCAUUAUCCUGCGAAAGGUUUACCCGCGGCUAUUCAACGUUAGGGCCAAGGCUUGCUCUCUGAAGCCGGAAAGCCGCCCGGAUCCCUGGCUUGAGCUUUAUAAUCUCGACCGCGACGACUUAUCGUGAUUUAUCCACAAUUAGUUAUUGAUUUUCAAACUUCGUAGUUAGUUUUUUCGUCUUCGAAAAGUUCACAUAACUUAUGGCGCGUCCAAGUGACAAGUGGAGUGGCUUCGCUCACCCUGAGCGCAAAUCCGAGCAAUAUGAGCGAAUGCAAGCGAAUAUCUCCUCCGCGAACUUUGAAUACCUGAAAAGGCGCGCUCUUGAAGCUCGCGCGCGCCAUUGGAAUUUAGUCCAGAGCAUCAGCUGCCAAAUUGAUACCGGGCGAUUUACCUGGGGAUUUAACGAUGUUGUUUUUGAAGUCGCCUUCUCUGACGGCAUGUAUUGGCUCGCUCGAAUCCAGUACGUCGCAGAUGACCCCAACGACCUGGAGGGGGAGAAGACCAGCUCCUUGGGCGAGGUGGCUACGAUGAAAGUUGUUGCAGAGCACACAGAUGUUUGACGACAAGGAGUUUACGAACAAACCAUUCGGGUACCAAAUUCAUGCUGAUGGAAUAUUUGGGGGUCAUGCGUUGGACGAGAUGAUAGCUAUGGCAGUGCCAGUUGCAUCCCGACAAAAGGUCGCCGAACAGUUUGCCAACGUGCUCUUUGAGUUUUAAAGACUGCCCUAUGAUUGCAUCUGCCAUUUUCAGUGCGAUGAUACUGGGCGAUCAAUGCCUGAAGUUGGUUCCUGUGAAUCUGACUGGCUCACCGCCUGCUGGGUGUUGAAGAUGGCGAUUCCACAUGUAAUAAACGAGAAUAGAAUCCGUGGGCCAUUCUAUCUCUGCC